AUGAACCUAUUAAAGUAUCACUUCCUUUUGGUAUACGCGUUUUUAAAUGUGCCUUUUAUCCGGACCAGCAAGAAUAAAGGGAUAAAAAAUGAGAGGAAGGAAUUCGUUGGACUAAGGAGUUACAUAACAGGGAGAGGGAAAUAUGCCAAGGGGGCGAACGUGACGAUAUGUGGGUUGCAUCGUGUAUGUGGAAAGGGCCCAUUGGGGGGACAUACCCACCAGAGAAGAGAAAAGCGAAUCAACAAGCUUACAUUUUUGCAUGCAGUAAAAGGGAGUUAUGGAAAAAAGAUAAGGAGAAGAAACCCCUGCGAAGAGAACCCAGCACAGAAGCAAUGUCGUCACUAUAGCAUAGUUGUGCAAGUUAAGAGGAGCCCCUCCUCCCGCAUCCACCAAGUGAACUCCAGCUUCGACUACCCCGGUUUCGGUUUCACCGUCUUGAAGGAAUCACAGCAGGAGGGUAACCACAGUAGAAUUGGUAUUAUAAAAACUCCAAGGGGGGAAAUAGAAACUCCUAACUUUCUCUUCUGUGCCACAAAGGGGUGUAUGAAGUCGACACCAAUAAACUUUGUAAAGGAUUGUAAGACGCAGAUUAUUCUGUCCAACACUUUCCACCUGUUGAUUCAUCCCAAGCCACACGUCAUUUUCCAGUUGGGCGGGUUACACAGGUUUAUGAACUGGCAGGGUCCCAUUCUGACCGACUCGGGGGGGUACCAACUGUUCAGCAUGACAUUUGGCUCCGUUUCGGAUGAGAUAAAGAGGAAGUCCAGGGGGAGCAUGCGUGACGCGGGUAGAACAGGUAGCCCGAUGACCCCCUCGUCUACGCAGCAAUCCCCCCGUGGAGACGUAAUCGUGAAAAUCAAUGAACAGGGCGCUCUGUACAAGUCCUACCACGACGGAUCUUUGGACAUGCUGACGCCGGAAAGCUCCAUCCAAGCACAGUACCUCCUGGGGAGUGACUUCUCAGUUGUGCUGGACGAAUGCACCCCGUACCAUAUAGAGAGGGAGUAUACGGAGCGGUCCAUGCACAGAUCGCAUAGGUGGUACAUUAGGUGUCUUCUAGAAUUUAAAAAAGCUAUGAGCAUGCCAAAUUACCAUACCUACUUGAAUGACUUGCACAACAGGAAGUACAAAGUGCAACAUAAAUGGAAAGAAAGGGAAGCCAAUAAACAGGCUCUCUAUGGAAUAAUCCAGGGGGGCAUAUACACCGACUUAAGGAUGAAAAGCUGCCAAGUCGUUUGUAACUUACCUUUUUUUGGUCUCUGCAUUGGGGGGUGUCUAGGGAAGGACAAGCAGAUGAUGUACAGCGUCAUAGAGAAGACCAUGCAAUUUGUCAGGCAUGAGGAGGGUGGCGCAUCGGCUGGGCAAACCAACAAAAUGGGUACGACCCCUGUUGGCACCGCUAAAACGAUACACCUGUUAGGAAUUGGCCAAAUUAGGGACAUAUUUUUUGGAGUACGACAGGGGAUUGACACCUUUGAUUGCGUCAUCCCCACGAGGCUGGCAAGACAUGGGUACUACCUAUGUACAGUUAAAACGAUUAAAGAAGUAGAAGAAAAAUUAGGUAAAAGUAUUAAAAAAGAGUAUAUAAAAAUAAAGUCAAAAAUUCACGAGUUGGAUGAGAAUCCUCUUGAGAAGGACUGUCCCUGCUACACGUGUAAGAAUUAUUCCAGGGCAUAUUUGCAUCACCUCUACAAAAUAAAUGACAAUUUGUUGGGCACUCUGCUGACCGUACAUAAUGUGUGCUACAUGAAUCGGCUCAUGGGGGACAUCCGUGAGGGCAUUAGACGUGGCCGCUUGGACGAGGUUGAGGGGAGGUGGGUUCGGUGA